UGCUUAUCAACAAAACAAAAUGGACAAAUCGAAAUCAAAGAAAAAUCGACGAAAUCAAUCGAAAAAACCACCACCGAUAUACAAGGACGACCCAUUUGUAUUUGAAGUGGAUCAAAUUUUGAAGAAGCGAAAAAACGGACACAAGACGGAAUAUUUGAUAAAAUGGUUGGGAUAUCCUGCUUCCGAAAACGCAUGGAUUGAUGAGUCAGACGUAACAGAGGAUUUGAUAAAAGAAUUCAAUUUACAAGAAGAAAAAGUAUCAAAUCACCUGGAAGAGUCCUUAGCCACAGAUGAGUUGUGGGUGGCUAUAAAUCCAGAAUCUGUGUCUGUUCGUGAGGAGUACGAUACCAAUGAUUUCUAUUUGGAGGACGAUUUUAAUAAUCUGGGGUGCAAUGUUCUGUUACAAUCUUUAACAGAAGAUUUUCAAUUGUUUUCCAUUGGCACCAAAGCAAAUGGUUCUAAAGUCAAUGCACCGAGUCAAGACCAAUCGAUUGAAUCAAGUCCCAUUACUACCUAGAGUGUAGGUGCGUUAGGUAUAGUCACAUUUACAAUCACUGGACACAUUAAAGAGUGUU